GAAGCUCUGGGAGGAAAGGUGGCGCUCUAGGGGUUUUUCGGAGUGUCACGUGACGCGUUAGAGGAAAGCGUGCGGAGGCUGCGCAUGCGCGGUACGGAUCCGUUCGGCUCUCCAGUGUACCAGGGCAGAGAUGGCUGAGCCGCAGAGUGCGGUGUGGGGGAUGGUGGAGGAGUUCGUCACCGGAGAACGGGACGGAGCGGCGGAGGAGGUGGCCUCAGGUGUAAAAGAUGGAGCGUUCACAGUGUUACAAGUGGUGGAGUCUCUGGGAACGUGUUUGGCGAACCCGGAGCCCAGAGGCCGGGGGAGGGGCGUGCAGCUUUUGUCCCAAGUCCUCCUCCAGUGUUACUCCAGACUGACAGAGAAAGAAGUGGAGGUGCUCAUUGUCUUCUAUGAAAACAGACUGAAGGAUCAUCAUCUCAUCAUUCCGCAUGUCCUGCAAGGACUAAAGGCGCUGAGUAUGUCGGAGGUCUUCCCCCGGGGUCUGGCCGUGUCUGUACUGAAGUCUAUAUUCCAGGAGGUCCACGUUCAGUCUUUAAUGCAGUUGGAUCGCCAUACGGUCUAUUUGAUCAUCACCAAUUUUAUGAAGAGCAGAGAGGAAGAACUGAAGAGUCUUGGAGCGGAUUUCACUUUCGGCUUUAUUCAAGUCAUGGACGGUGAAAAGGACCCGCGGAACCUGCUUGUGGCCUUCCGAAUCGUACAUGACAUCAUAACCAAGGACUACGCUCUCGGUCCGUUUGUGGAGGAAUUAUUUGAAGUGGUGUCCUGCUAUUUCCCCAUCGACUUUAAUCCGCCUUCCAAUGACCCACAUGGCAUCACCAGGGAGGACCUAAUACUGGGCCUUCGAGCCGUCUUGGCAGCCACCCCGCGUUUUGCAGAGUACUUUUUGCCGCUGCUGAUUGAAAAAAUGGAUUCCGACGUUCAGAAUGCCAAACUGGAUUCCCUGCAGACCCUGGCUGCCGCAUGCGCGGUUUAUGGACAGAAAGAGCUGAAGGAGUUUCUGCCGGGUCUCUGGGCUUCCAUUCGCAGAGAGGUAUUUCAGACGGCAAGUGAGAAAGUGGAGAGCGAGGGUCUGGCUGCCCUCCAGGCCCUGACGGCCUCCCUGUCACGCUCGGUAUUGGGUCCCGACUCUGAGGAUCUGUUAGAGGGAUUUUUGAACAACGUUCUGCAAGAUUGUAGGCAUCACCUGUGUGAGCCGGACAUGAAACUGGUUUGGCCCAGCGCUAAACUCCUACAGGCUGCAGCCGGUGCCUCCUCGAGGGCGGGUCUGAAAGUGUCGGCCAGUGUUUUCCCCCUUCUGCUGGAGCAGUACAACCAGCAUGCUCAGAGCAGCCAUCGAAGGACCAUACUGGAGAUGACCCUGGGAUUCCUUAAGCUGCAGAGUGAAUGGCUGUAUGAUGAAGAAGGAAAUGGUUUGCAGAGUUUCAGAGAAGCUUUAUGCAGCAUGGUGUUCUCCGCUGUAACCGAUCCCAGCGCACAGCUCCACCUGGUGGCUGUAAAGGCAAUGACAGUCCUCUCCACACAUCAAGGCUUCUUGUCUGCCGGUGAUAUUGAUCUCGUCAUUGAACACUUGACACUUCUUAUCCUGGAGGAGGCGGACCCUCAGAGCUGCCAGGCUGCCAUCGAAGCUUCAGGAACAUUGGCCAAAAUUCAUCCAGCGGUGUUCAUCGGUAGGAUGGUGCCUCAGCUGUGUUCACGGCUACAGACGGUAUCCAUGCAGGGCGUUGAACCCGCGGGCAGUGUUACCCCAGAGCGUCCCGUACGGCUGAGAUGUCUGGAAGCUUUAGCGGCAAUGUCUACACAUCACAGUAUUGUGGAAGUGACGGUCCCCAUCCUACUCGCCCAUCUCAGAAGAGCUCAGAGAGAAGGAGAGAUGAAUGCCGAAGACGUCGUUUCCGUGUGUAAGAGUCUUCACCGGGUGGCUGUCCAGUGCCAGGAAAACGCCCAAUCCCUGAGCUUCUAUCACAAGACCGUGGUGUCCUGCCUCCUCUCCCUGACUGUUCGGGCCGCCAUGCAAGACAGGGAGACCGCAGUGGAAAGUCACGUUCUUCUGGAUGACAGUGUCCUUACCGCCAUGGUGCCUGUAAUCAGCGCGGCCACCACCCACCUCAACCCCGAGUUGGCGUCUUCGAGUGUCUCCCAGAUUGUAAACCUUUUCCUAGACGGAGACGUUUCUGUGCUCACCGAAAACAACUUCACCUCCAAAUUCCACCCCUUCCAGACAGAUGGCCCUACAGCCCCCCAGAGCCGACUAGUUGCCCUUCUGAUGGCCUUUGUGUGUUCCUUACCGAGAAAUGUGGAGAUCCCUCAUCUCAGCCGUCUGUUGCAGCAUUUGUUGUCUCUGAGCCUGUCGGGGGCCGGCCUGUUUGCUUACUCCUCCUCUGCCAAGUGCUUUGCCGGUUUGAUCAACAAAUGUCCCCCUGGGGAUCUUCUGGAUGAUGUGCUGCAGAGCGCAUCUUGUAAAAUAGAGCUGGGCCUGGCGGAUGAACACACGAGGACUCGAGCUAUGACGCUGCUUGUCUGGGUGACCAAAGCACUGAUUCUGCGGUACCACCCCCUGAACGGGCAGCUGACUAAAAAGAUGAUCGGCUUGCUGUGUGAUGGGGAUCUGGGCCCGCUGGCUGCUGACAUGUUCUCUCUCCUGGUCUCGGAAUCUCCGGAUAUCCUGAACAAGGCGUGCCACGCGGAUAUCCGGAUCAUGUUCCGCCAGAGGUUCUUCACAGAGAACGUCCCCAAACUAGUGGAGGGAUUUCACUCUGCUAAUGAAAAUAAUAAACCAAAUUACCUGAAAGCAUUAUCUCAUGUGCUGAACUGUCUGCCAAAGCAGGUUCUCCUGACAGAGCUGCCAUCGCUGGUCUCUCUGCUGUUGGAGGCCCUCUCCUGCUCUGACCGCAUCGUCCAACUGUCCACCCUGACCUGCCUGGAGCCCCUUCUGCUGGAUGCUGCGGAUAUCCUAAAUAUUCACAUCGACACCCUCAUCAGGAAGCUCCUCCUCCUGACCUGCAGUCCCAGCAUGGCCGUUCGGAUUGAAGCUCUGAAGUGUAUGCUGGCCCUCACAAAGCUCCCAUUGCCUAUGCUCCUGCCUCACAAGCAGCAAGUUAUCCGUGCCUUAGCGAAGCCUCUGGAUGAUAAGAAGAGAUUGGUGAGGAAGGAGGCGGUGGAGGCGCGCUGUCAGUGGUUCCUGAUCGGAACUCCUGGAAGCUGAGGACAUCCCGGGGGACGCGAGUUUCUUUGCACGGAGACAAUCUAACCAGGAUGCCACUAACCUACUGACCUGUCCAAACGCCAUGACUUCAGUGCCAUCUUGUUUAGCCACGUCUUCAUCUCGUACGAUGAUAAGGACUGCAUCCCCCCCCCUCCCUCCCCCUGGCAUUCCAUCUUUUUUUAUUUUACCAUUUGAGUACUAGGCUGCAUCUGACACCCAACCCUCCCCCCUCCCCAACGCGUUGCGUCCUUUGCACUUCAAUGAUAUUAGCACAAGUUUACAUUCUGAGGAAAAUCUGGCAUAUCUAGGAGGAGAGCUAGUCUACUAAAUCUAUAUAUAUAAAUAUAUAAUGUAAAUUGUAUAGUUCUAUGAUUUAAUGAGUGCCAGCCUUGUGGCUCGCUCCGAGUAGGAAACCACAGGGGUUUGUGUGUGUGUGUGUGUGCGUGGUUUGGCUGAAUGUCGCUUGUUCUUUCAGGUCACAGAACUGGAUAUGGAGGACCCAGACUAUGAUGGAAGAGUACCUGUCAUGUACACAGACCUGGCAGUUAUUUUGUGCCCCCGGGGAGG